CAUCACCAUGUCUCAGUCUCAAUCUCGUCUUGGGGGCAUCCUGCAGCACCUUUCACCUAGCUCUGGCACACCCCACAUUGUGAUUGAAGACAAAGCAGAGAUAUCAGCACCCAGCGAUGCUCCGGAGCCGCCACCUCUCAGGACUGUCUGGCCGCCUCUAGAACUAGAAGACCAUCCCAUCGAUGAAGUGCGCCCGUUGCGAGUCGUGGUUGUGGGUGGAGGGAUUACCGGGAUCAUGGCGAGCAUAUUUCUCCCCGCAAAAGUCCCCAAAAUCGAUCUUGUCAUCUACGAACGACAAUCAGAUAUCGGCGGAGUGUGGAACGCGAAUAUCUAUCCCGGAGUGCGCUGCGAUGUGCCCGCACAUGCAUAUCAAGCUACCUUCGACGCCAAUACGGACUGGAGUGAAGCGUAUGCACAAGGCGCCGAAAUCAAACAGUACUGGAAAAAUAUCGUCGCAAAGUACGACGUCGCGAAGUAUAUCCACCUUAACACACGCGUGACCGGCGCCGAGUGGUCUGAAGAAAAGGGGAAGUGGCGGGUCGGCGUGCAAUCCAGCAGCGGAGACUCCAUUGAUGAAGCUGAUUUUUUGAUCACGGCCACCGGCCACUUCAGCGACCCCAUAUUACCCACAUAUCCAGGAAUGAACGAGUAUAAAGGCCACUUACGACAUAGUUCGAAUUGGGAUCCAAAUUUUGAUCCUAAGGGAAAGAGGAUCGCGGUGAUAGGCAACGGUGCAUCUGGCAUACAAGUCCUCCCACCGCUCCAAAAGGUUGCAGCACACAUUGACCACUAUGCUCGGAGCAAGACCUGGGUAGCCGCUCCAAUCGGAGGCGAAGAUCUCGAACAGUUCGUCCGUGACAACAUCGAUCAAGCUAAGCAAAGCCCGGAAGAGUAUCUCGCAUUCCGCAAGGCAUUAGAGUCGCGGCUAUUCAGUCGAUACGGAGGCUUUUUUGAGAAGAGCGAAAAGAGUGCCAUUGCAAGGGCCGCGAUCACCAAGUUGAUGGCGAACCGCUUGGGCGACCGCAAUGAUCUCUUAGACGCCAUCAUCCCCAACUUCUCGCCCAAUUGCCGUAGAUUGACUCCUGGUCCUGGGUAUCUUGAGGCUGUUGCCGCAGAAAAUGUGGAGUAUGUUCCAACUCCGAUCGAAAGGUUUACUGCCACAGGUAUCGUGACCACCGACGGCAUUCAGAGAAACGUCGACGCAGUCAUCUGCAGCACUGGCCACGAUAUCAGCUUCAGCGUUGCAUUCCCCAUCCACGCUCACGGCACCGAUCUCCAAGCGGCCUGGCGACCUGGCGGCAACCCAGGCUUCCCAGAUUCAUAUCUCAGUUUCGCUGCUCCAAACUUCCCAAAUUUGCUCUUCAUCCUUGGUCCAAACUCCACCGGCCCCGCCGGCACGCUCUGCCACUCCGUGGAAAACCAACUAACCUACACAGCUAAAGUCUUGCGGAAGAUAAGUAGUCAAGGCAUUCGCAGCAUGGCACCCUCACAGGCCGCAACAACAGACUUCAGAGCGUAUUGUGAGAGUUUCUUCCCGCAGACGGUGAUGAGUCAGCACUGCUCCAGCUGGUACAACGGCGGGAUUAAGGGGGGAAGAAUUCACGGGGUAUGGCCAGGGAGCGCAACGCACGUGAAUCAAGUGAGGCGAGAGCCGAGAUGGGAAGAUUGGGAGUAUACGUAUAUAAACAAGCAAGGGAAUCGAUUCGGAUGGUUAGGAAAUGGAUGGAGUGAGAAGGACGUUCUAGCCCAGAAUGGGGUCGACGCAUUGACAACGGAUCUGACACCAUGGCUGCAGAAGGAGGCGGUUGAGGGAAAGGUGGACGUCAAAGGGUAUCAUGAGAAUUGGUGGGAUGCGUAG